GGGGCCGGACGCGGGUGCUGGCGGCGAGCCGGCCGCGGCGGGGGUGCGGGCAGGGCCAGGCCGGACCCGCAGGGGCUUUGGAGACCGCGCGGGCUGGGGGCCGUGACCCGAACCGCCGCGUCCCGGGGCGCCUGCGAAAUGCGCGCGGUGAGUGCGGGACGGCGACUCUCGUGGAGGCGGCGGCAGGAUGAGGGCGGCGGUGACGGUUCCCGGAGGCGUUUCCGCUUUUCCUUCUGGUGUGUGGGGCGGCGGGGCGUGUGCGGGAGCCCGGGCGGGAGUGGGGACGCCUUCCGCUGUGUGGGGAGGGACGCGCGGACGGGGAAGCCCGCCCCUCACCGGGGGCUCCCCCGCGUCCCUCAGGAGUGCCGCGGGCGGGGAGGGACGCCAGACCCCGAGUCCUGGAGCUCUCGGGCUGGAGAGCCCCCUGCUGCGCCCCGGCUCUGCCGUCCCUCGUUCUCGGGGGAGUUCUCGCCGGCUGAGCCGGUCCGCGGGGUCCGGGGGGCCCGAGGGGAAAGCUCGCGGACACAGCCGGUCGGUGACGGGUGACGUGGGGAGAGUGGGCCGGCCCGGGGGGCGCCCUGUGACACCUGCAGGACAGAGUGCGCUGGAGGUCGAGGGUGUGGAGAGCCAGAGCCUUUGCCCCGAGAGCCCCGUUCGCUGCUUUCCUGCAGUAGUAGGUGCGGCUGUGCCCGGUUGCCCCUGCUGCGAGGCGGCGGAGCCGCUGGGACGGCAGGUAUCUCGGUGGCUCGAGGGCGAGCGGAGAUGCCCAUUUGAAGCGGUUGGUGCUCCUGGCUGAGGACGACUGAAGCCUUGCGUGCAACCGUGUAAACAUGCUUUUCUGACUUUGUUCACACACUUUCCUCCUGGCGUUAUGGUGUGUGCACUAAAUCCCAGAAAGCACGAACAUCAUAUUUGUGUGGGGAUUUUUUAAAUGAAUGAUUUGGUAAAAAUCUAAGGGGCAGACUUCCGGGUUCGUUAUUGGUGAGCGUGUUAAAAAUGCAGAUUCUCUGGCCCCCUUGCCACCUGUGCUGAUUUAGUGGCUCAGGAUGGGACCCAGCGAUCAGCAAGUUUAAACAGGCCUUGUUUGUAAGUAACGGCAACGCAGUUAUCCUCUGAACUACCUUGUGAGCCCCGCUUAGGAAACACUGGACUAAUGGAAAUCUGGAAAUCUUCUAAAAACCUAUGUGAAUUGUAUACUUUGUCAUCAAUCUGGAAACUUCACUUUAGGUUUUUGUCAUCUACUAAUUACAUGUGUUACUGUUUUAUAAUUGCACGUUUACUUUUAUUAUAUCCAAAUGAAUACAUAUCAUUUUAUCAUGUCCAAAUAAAUACAUAUAGUUCAAAAAUUAAAGAUUUGUGCAUAUUCAAAGGAACAUUUUGUGAAACAGUCCUCAAAAGUGGAUACAUUUGGUUUUUGUUUCCAGUGGUAUUUUCUAAUACAGUAUUGGAGCGUAUUAUAGAUAGUAUUUAAUCUCCAACGUGUUUCAGUAUAUAUUAUCUCAUUUUAUUGGAUCUGUCUCCUAGAAGUGGGGCUGGUUUACUGGUAAAAGCAAAUAUUCAUUUCCUCUGGAAGAAUUUAUUUUCAACCCAGGCCGUAACGAAUUCUUGAAGAUACAGUGUCAAGGAGAAUAAGCAGCUAAUAGGCAAAAUCACCAAACACUAGUCACCAUGAAUGAGGUAUUAGAAAUAUAGACUAUGGAAAAAGACCUGUGAUUUCUAGAGCUGAAAUUAGAAACUCAAUGGGUGAAUUAGCUAGCUGAUUAUGUCCAGCAGAAGAAAGGAUUACUGAAUCAUGCUACCAUUUUAUGUCUUUUUCUACUUAAUCCUCCAAC